AUGUCUGCCUCGAUCACCACAGAUGUCAGCAACUAUGAGGGUCGGGGAUUCGGCGACCAAAGCCAUACGAUGAAAGCCUUGACCUGGCAGGGGAAGAAUUCGGUGAAAGUCGGUCAGUCAUUCUGCGUAUCACGACCUACACUUCUCUUUGCCCACUUCAAAAUCAAUUCGACGUUCCUGCUGAUGGAUUUUGUUAUAGUGGACACCGCUCGCCCGAAGAUUAUCGAUGAAGGCGAUGUCAUUCUGAAGGUGACGGGCAGCACCAUUUGUGGAAGUGACUUGCACUUGUUCCACGAGGCUAUCUCAGACCUCCAGAAAGGAGACAUCCUCGGCCAUGAGUUCUGUGGUCGGGUUGAAAGCGUCGGGCCGGCAGCCAAGAAGGUCAAAGUCGGUGACCGCGUUGUGGCAACCUUCCAAAUUGCCUGCGGGGAGUGUUUUUACUGCAAGAAAAAGCUGUCCUCAAUGUGUGAGCGGACAAACUCGAACCAGCAGGCCUCUCAGCUGUAUGGGCGUCGAACGGCCGGCAUGUUUGGCUACUCCCACUUCACCGGGGGUUUCGCCGGUGGACAGGCGGAAUAUGUUCGUGUCCCUUACGGCGACGUGAACCUCCUUCAUCUGCCUGAUGAUGUCCCCGAUGAAAAAGGCCUUUACCUCUCCGAUGUGCUAGGAACGUCUUGGAAUGCCGUUGUGGACACUGGCGUUGAAAAAGGUGACACUGUGGCAAUCUGGGGAGCUGGCCCCGUUGGACAAAUGGCAGCGGAAUUCAGCUUUUUCCAUGGUGCAAAACGGGUCAUUCUUAUCGACGGCGGCCGCGCAAACUGGCGACUAGCCUUUGUCAAGAAGAUUUUGCCUAAGCUCGAGACCAUCGAUUAUACGAAUCUCCCAAAGGGCGAGUCCGUUACCUCAACUCUGAAGAAGAUGUGCGACGGCCGCGGACCGGAUGUAGCGAUUGAGUGCGCCGCUGGAGAGUAUGCGAAAGGGUGGGCCCAUUACUAUGAGAGGCUCCUUGGUAUAGAAACCGAUACGUCCGAACUCGUUAAUGAGAUGAUUACCUCUGUCCGUGGGUUCGGACGGUGUGGUAUCACAGGCGUAUAUGCUGGUUAUUGUAAUCACUUCAAUAUCGGCUCCCUGAUGGAGACCGGGAUCCAUCUCCAUGGCAAUGGACAAGCACCCGUGCAAAAAUACUGGAAUGAACUCUUGAAGCUCAUUCAGCAGGAGCAGAUUCACCCCUUGCAUAUGGUUACCCACCGGUUCAAGCUCGAGGAUAUGGAGACAGUCUAUGAUUUAUUCAAUAAGCGUGAAUCGUCUAUGCAGAAGGUUUUCGUUCAGACAAAAUUUUCCGCGCCUCCAUCACCAGGAGCUCCUACGCUAACAGUCGUCUGA